AGCCCGAGCCGUGACCCUCCUGCUCCCGCCACCAUAAUGCUAGGGGCUCACACCAACAGAUGUUCCGCUUCAAACACCGCUCAACGCAACCGCGUAUUUUAUUUUACAAAAACGUCCCACCGUAACAGCGCAACAGUCGUGUGAGUAUACGAGACUAUCAAUGUGCCAAUGAUGCUUCUAACGAAGGGCGCUCACUCCGAACUGCUGCUUUUAAGCUGACGAAUGCUAGCUACCUUGCUAGCUUACUCAAGCUAACUAAAGCGAAACAAACACCUGCGCUUCAUGCUUGAACGGUUGUUGGUCUUCAUCGCCUCGGCACAGUCUUCCCAGGACCAGAGGUGACCCGUUUGGCCCCCCCAUCCAACCUCUUCGAGGGGGAGCACGCAGAUGGGGCUCAGCUGCUGUCGCCCUGAGAGUCCCUGUGGCAGCGUGGAGGAAAGAAGCAGUCUCCUGAAAGACGACGGCAAGGCUGCGGGGCCCACGGGUGACAGGACUAUGGUGGGAGCAUGUGGUCCUGAAGGGGAUGAAAAUAUCAGGAAGACAGCUGUUGAUGCCAUAUUAAAGGUGGAUGGCGGCGACAACAAGGUCGGCGUGCAAGUGAAGCUGCUCUCCAACGUAGGCGAGCCUGAGCCAGCUGUCGCUCAGGAGAACGGGUCGCUGCAGAGAGAAGCUAUGCACACACACAAAGCUGCUGCAGUCACGGAAAACUCCACCGGUGAAGAAAACACAGAGACUCAAGCCAAAAGUGCAGCCACUGACCCCCCGCAGGAAGUGAAGUCUGAAUGGGAAGGCUCGCCUCGAGCCGCUAUGGAGGUUCACAUCCAACAAGAGAGCCUCACAGAAGCAGACGAUGAUCCAAACUCUCCCUGUAAAAACACAUCGGACAUUUGUCGCCAUGAUGGUGUUGAUGCUGGUGCCAUUGUGGCCAAUGGCAGCGCCCUUAUCGUGAAGCUUUGGCCAAGUACGGAUGCUUUGUCCGACACUCAGGAGUCUCCCGUCUGUACGGCACAUCCAGGGAUCAAAGCUGAUUCGGCGUGUUUAUCGAGUGAGGAUCCAGACAAUGAAAGCUGUCCAGCGCUCACGGACAGCCAGGAAGGAAAAGACUUCAACGGUUCAAGUGCUUCAGAGUGGGAGCCCAAAAUAGAGAGACACAACAGCCAAGAGAAACGCCCUGCUGAGGAACCACUGACCACAGCGCCAGAAGACGCCAGCAACAGCCCAGAAGAAGAAGCCUCCGCAGAGAACAUCUCCCAGAAUGCGGUGGAAGAUCUGCAAGAUAGACUUAGUCCAAAAUUCAUAGAAGAUAAAAAGUUGGAGGAGGUGCAGAAUGAUCAUGUGGAGGCUCACAGAAACGUUGAGAUUGAGGAGGAAAAUGGAGAAGAUGAUCCAGAGGAGGUAGUCAGAAAGACCGAAGACGGUCUCAAGAGCGGUGAGGAAGAUUUAUACAGAGCAGCAGACGACCUGUCAGCAUCACACGUCAAUGACGACGCACGACCAGCAACACUCUUAGAAACCACACUGGAAGCUCGAUGCAGUUUGGGCCCGCCUAUGGAUAUUCUGUCCUACAGCGAGCGAGAAUGGCGAGGUCACACGGCCAAGAGUGCGCUCAUCAGAAAGGGUUACAAGGAGAUGUCUCGGCACUUUGCCGGCGUGCGGCAAGUCCGGGGGGACAACUACUGCGCCCUGAGGGCCACCUUGUUCCAGGCGCUCUCGCAGACUGCUCAAGUGCCGGCGUGGCUGCAGGACAACGACAUCGCCAAGCUGCCACAGGAACUGGCCGCCCAGUCGGGUCUGAUAAGCCAGUGGAGGUUUCCUGGCGAGUGUCUGCUGCAGGGAGAUGUGGUCCAGCAGCUUCAAAGCUAUGUGGAGCUCCUCCAAAAUAAGUGGCGUGCAGCAGCCGGUUGUUCGUCGGCCGAGGAGCGUCUGCAGCUGUGCGAGCGAACCUUCCAGGGAGGCGAAGAGGAGCUGGCCAUGCUGGAGGCGCUCAAGCUGCUGAUGCUGGCCCGCACCGUGGAGCUGCACGGUCACAUGCAGGCCGGCCGGGACGUGCCGCUCUUCUGCUGGCUGCUGUUUGCACGCGACUCCUCCGACUGCCCGCGCUCCUUCCUCGCCAACCACUUGGGUCACGUGGGCCUCAGCGCCGGCCUGGAGCAGGUGGAGAUGUUCCUUCUGGGCUACGCCUUGCAGUGCACUAUCCGGGUCUACAGGCUCUACAUGGCCGACACAGAGGAGUUCGUUGCCUACUACCCAGACGACCACAAGGACGACUGGCCGUGCGUGAGUCUCGUCACUGAGGACGACCGCCACUACAACGUGCCCGUCGCCGACGCCGCCGAGACAGCCGAGGAGGUGGAUUCCAGCUGAGACGUUGUCCUGUCAUGCAAACCCAAACCUCAGGUCCGUCCAGUAGAAGAAGUCUGUGUGUGUUUUUGUACACCCUGUACUGUACUUUGAAGCCCACGUUGCCAACAGUGCCGCCUUGACGGAAUCAUGGCGCACUCAUGUUCAGGUUUUAGCUCAUGAAUUAAUUUCAGUUUAAUUGGACUAUUACCCAAAAGAAAAAUCAGGUGCUUGCCAUCGUUUUUUUUGCGACGACAGUACGUUGGGUUACAAUACUGUGGGCGUGUAACCUGUUGCCUUGCCAAGCCAAGCCAGUGAGCAGGAACACAUGCCAAUGUUGCCACAAGGGCUGGCCUCAGGCCCGACCACCAGCUGCUGGAUCUCGUUGUCAAGGCCAGCUCGGUCCUCCAUGUUGCCUUAGAAAAAAAAAAAAAAAAUGCACAAGAAUGAAUGAAUGUGGCGUGUCUCAGAAGUCAGCAACGGCAGGGAUUGUCCGCUCGCUGAUGACGUUUUGAAUAAAACGGAAGCACAA